AUGUGGGAAAACUCUGGCAUCGGUGGCAUCGGUGGCCGCUGCUCAGGUGUUCUGUGGGCCGGGGCCGGUCAGGUCCGGCAGGAGGGAGAUUCAGACGACACGGUCCCUGCUUGGCGUGCGGGUUUAGCGGGACGCAGGGGGGGCCUGGGAAUUCUGGGCGGAAUUUUGCUGGUGACUGCCUACCUCUUCACCAAGGGCCCAGAAGCGCGCUACGCCAAGCUGUGCGUUCGAAGCAAACAGAUGGAGAAGGAUUUCUUCAACGAUCCUAAGAAAGCUGAAUGGGCACGGUCGAAGGGCUACAAGGGACUGCAAGACCCCGAUUGCAAGGAGUGGCCUGAAUUUUGGGAGGCUGUCAAACCAUUCUGA